CAUGGCUCGAUCCACGCCCACGGGGGUCGCUCCAUGUUAUUCUGGGCCUUUCUGGGCCAUAAUGACAUUACGAAAUCUAAUUCCAAAGCAAAAUUGGCUGUGAAAGUUAAAUUCCUUGGGAUUCGAGGGAUUUCUGGCUGCAAAUGCUGAUUUUCAUGAUUUUCGAAGAAUUGCAGGUGCCAGCAAUUGGUUUAGCCAAAGAGGCGCCAAAGUGGGGCCGCCUCAUGCGCACGGGCCGCUUUGCCAAGCCCCGUCGAUAUAUCCCCGAUUUUCGAACCUAAACUUCUAUUCCCCCAGCAGCAAUUGGAUUAGGUAAGUCGCCCCCUGUCCCAUCGAUUUCCAGCUUUUUCGAAAAUAUAAUUGUACAUUUCGGCGCCUACUACCUCCUAUUCGCUCAUCAUGGAUCUCGAUGCGGUCUCGAACGACUUCAUGCGCCAUGGCAGGUGUUCUCCACAUCCAUGCGCCCGUUGCGUUGGAUACUGGGCAGGUGGGAACUAUAGGUUCCUCAUGAAGUGUGGAUGCGUCUUCCCCAACCCUGAAGAAGACCAAGUCUACCUUUACGACGCUUGGAGCGAGGAGAUGGAUGAUGGCAAGCGUAGAUACUUCCGUCGAUGCCUUCGUUGCUGCUUCAAGGGUCAAUCGUGCCAUGUGAUCCCAGAGAGCUUCGAUAGCGAGGUUGAGCGCGUUUGUCGGCUGCUCCCCAUCGUUUCCGGCGAGAAGACGGCCAAAAGGGUCACCAACCCUGAUUACGACCCCAAGGACCCCGCCUCGCUCAAGGUGAUUGAGAAGGAUAUCACUAUGGACGAAAGAAUCCGUAUGGACGCGGAGAUGCGCAACAUCUGUCAGAAGAUCACCAGGAAGCUCAAUUCCGAUUAUUCCCCUCAUGCCGACCAUUUGGCCCUUCACAACGGUACUUUCGACGUCGAUGCGUCUCCCCAGUCUGACUUGCGCGCAAAAAAGCGCGAGAGAGGCAAGAAGGAUGUGCUUGCUCGUCAAGAGGCCGGUCGGCGCAUGCUCGACUCCACUGUGGACGAUUUGGUGAAGCAGGCCUCUCCUGCAGCCGGUCCGGCCAAGAGAAAGAGAACUGGUGGGCGCUUUGUGGGUGAUUCUGGCAGCGUUGCUUCCCGCAUUAGGGAUCUCAAGGCUCAGCAUGCGGUCUUGGUGGCCCUCCGCGCAGAUACUCCUCGCAAUGCUCGUAAGGACAUUACCGCGCGCAUCAAGGCGGUGGAGAAGGAGAUCAAGGCUGCUGAGAAGGAGUUGUAGCCUUCUGUGGGUUCGUUCUGAACCGUCUGGGCUGAAAAGCCCCUCUUUGGCCCAUAGUGGCCUGGAUUACCCUGGCGUUAGGUUUCGUGGUUUCGUCCGGUUCUUUUCUACAGAUACCCCCUUCAAUUGAUCUGGUUUGGCUUGUGAGCAAGCCCGGCGGCCACUUUUGGCCAAAAUCCGAGUCUUUUGAUGCUUUCCUCGUGAUAUUUGGUAAUCUUGGGUUGCCCAGUGCUAUUUCGAAUAGGCAUAGGGCUUUAUAGGGUAUUCUGGGUCACAAUAGCCCUAAAUAGCCCAUUAUUUUUUUGGCAUUUUAUAGCAAAUCCGCCUUAUUAUUACUUGCAAUCGAACGUUUCCUAAGGCCUCUUCACAAC